AAAAAGCUAAAAGUGGUAACAAGUGUUGAAGGUGGAAGCUAUGGUGGCUAUGAAACACUAGUUGCGCUCACAUUCACUCCGGAAGAGUUCGUCUGUGGUGUGGACAUUGAUGGUCCGUCGAAUUUGGUCACCUUUCUAGAGACGAUCCCGCCAUACUGGGAACGCAAAGCGUUUGUUCGAAGAUUGGGAGGCGAUCUCGAUGAUGAGGUCGGCCGUCAAUCGCUCAUCGCUCGUUCGCCGCUGUUUUUGGCUGAUCGUGUGAAGAAGCCCCUGCUGAUUAUCCAAGGAGCCAACGAUCCUCGCGUGAAGCAACGAGAAUCUGAUCAGUUCGUGAACGUACUACGAAAGAACAACAUUCCUGUGACCUAUGUGCUUUAUCCCGAUGAAGGACAUGGCAUUACAAAGGUAUAU